UGCAACAACGAUGAAGGCAGAAUCCCAAGAUGAUUGAGAUCGGUCAAUCAUCGGAGCCGCCAAUAUGGCGCUGGGCGGUGGGAUUCGUGCUAGUGGGAAUGGCAUGGGGAUUUACCACGCCGUUCGUGAGGAAAGCAGCCGUUGCACGAGAACGUCGACCGAAGCCUCAACGGCCCAUAUUGGCGGAUGGCAAAACAUCAAGGCUGCAGCGCAAGAUCUGGACAACCUUCUACGCUGUGUACGAUUUGCUGGGAGACCCGGCGUACGCUGUUCCAUUGGUAUUCAAUGUGACGGGGAGUGUUUGGUUCUUUUUGUUGAUUGGACAGGCUGAACUCAGCCUGACGGUGCCCAUUACGAAUUCCCUCGCUUUUCUCUUCACCGUGCUGGGAGAGUGGUGGGCAGAAGGCAAGGUGAUAUCACGAGAUACAUGGUUGGGAAUGGUGCUGGUAUUGAGUGGGAUAGGGCUGUGUGUGUACUCCAAAAGCUAGCUAGCCGGGAUUGAUAGUCUGGCUCCGUUGAAUUGCCCUAGUUUCUGCUAUGUUGUGAGUCAGGUUGUGAUGGCAUUCAACACCGAGUCAUCCUUAGCCUGACCGAGGGCAGACGGAAGAGAGGCCAAUUGCAGAGGGCAUGAUUGGCGAGAUUUGACAUGUGAAAGGCGCUUAGGCUCGGCCCGGGCAUGCGGGGAGUGCGGGAAGGGACUGAAGACGGCGGUGGAUGACCAUUUCACACAAUCUCUCACCGCAUGCCCG